ACACGACUGGAGGUUUAAAUCAAGCCAAGGAGUAGAGCUGACCGACAUCCUGGCAGAUUCAUAAACAACGGUAACAGCUGCACAUCAUUAUGGAGUCCGACCAAGAUGCCACUAAGACGGCUGUGAGCUGUCCCAAGGACCAAGGACCUGUCAAGACAUGGCUCUCUUCCAACAGAAGAGGGGGGGUCAAUCCGAAGACAGUCAUAGACGUUGCCUCACGUUUCCAAGGAGACGGGGUUCGUUUUAAGGCCAAGCUUAUUGGCGUAGAUCCGGUUCUAGAACCUCAGGGGGAGAAGAUGUGUCUGGACUCCAUGAUGAAAAUGAAGGGCCAGGAGGUGGCAGGCAGGAGUCAGGGUAAACACAAGCAGAGGGUUUGGCUAAAGGUCUCCACUGCUGGCCUGAAAAUUGUAGAUGAAAGGACAGGGGUUGUGGAGCACGAUCACGAGUGUGGGAGGAUCAGCUCCUUGAGGAAGGACGAGUCAGAUCCAAGAGCUCUCUCCUACGUCUACCACAGUGAUGGAUCCUACAAACUCUUCUACAUCAAGAUGGCUAACCUGGCUGACCCUGUCCUUACUGACAUCACAGAAGUGUGUCAAAGUCUGGAUGAAGUGGCAGAAAAUAACGAAGUAUCACAAGCAACUGAUACUGGUUCCUUGCUACUACUUGAUGAAGAUGCAACCAGUCCAACAAAGGGCCUGGAUGAUCUGGACAUCUUCAACCUCGGGCCUAGCUCUCCAACAGGUCAACCAACGCAGAUGUCCUCCAGGGAUGAGCUGAUGGAUAUCUUCUCCUUACGUCUGGAGGACCCACCAGCUACCAGUGAAAACUCAGAUAUGAACCUACCAAGAUCUCCACAACAAACCCCAUCACUAUCUCAGACCCUCUACACCCAUCCAAUAGGGGGCUCUCCCUAUACAUCACCAACCUCCAUCCCUUGGGGCCAGCAAGGGCCCUUCUCGACCCCUCCAAGCAUGGCUUGGGGAGCUCAAGCCCCAGGCCAGUGGUCCACCCAGCCUGGUGUGGCAGCAUGGCCACCAGGUGGCAUGAUACCUCAUGGGGGAGCUCAGAUGCAGGGCUAUGGACUGGGAGUGAUGAACUCUCAGCCGGGAGGUCAGUGGGGUCAGUCUACAGUGAGCUUUCCCCCAGCUGCUAUCAACUACAUCCCUUUCGAUGGAGAAGGAGUACAGCAGCCUGUCUCUCCUACAACCAUUAACAAACCUCCACUGGGGUGAACUUACUGAGAAAGUUGCUAUUUUCUGUGAUGCUUUUUUAAUAAGGUGAUUUAAAAGGUUUUGGUAUAGGCUUGCCACUUGUAUUUUUUCAAACGUUUUUUUCUGUGAUUAUGAUCUGGAGAUAUAUUGUCAAUCGAGAAUGAUUCUGUAUUCAGAUUAAAAUAGGUUCAAUAUGGUAUUCUGCAGAUUUUUAUGGAGGUGGGAUGAUAUACCUGUUUACAAACUGAUGACAAAUGUGUGUUUUGAUAAAUUAUGAAUUUGUCAUGUCAUGUUCUAAUUUUCUCACGUGUCUAGAUAAGAGUUGUCCUUGGAAAUCUACCCCUCGUGUUAAUUUAUGACAUAUUGAUUACAUUGAUUUGUGUGUGUUGAGGUUGUAUUUAGGCUUUCUGAGAAGGCUAUACAAACAUAUAUUCCAAGUUGAAAUAGACAUUAGACUUUCUUCAAGUUGUGUAAGAAAUUGUGUCGAUUAAAAGAAUCAAGC